UCGGGUGCAUCAAGCCCGUUCGACAGACAUCGGUGAUUUAAAAAAAAAAGUUUAAAUAAUUCUGUUAAAGGAGGUUUUUUUUCAUUUCUUUGUCUCUCAUUAUUUUCAACAAUUUAGAAAUGGCACAACAAUACAAGAGCAAGAUUGAAGACAUUUUAAAAAAGUCUGAUCUUUCUUGCAUCACGACAAAGAGUGUUCGUCGUGAACUAGAGUCUCAAGCCGGUGUUUCAUUAACUCCCAUCAAGAAGGAAGUCAAUAAGCUUAUUGAAGAAACUUUUUUGGACUUUCAAGAAGCACAGACCGUAAAAGACGAACCCGUCGCCAUUAAACAAACAGCUAAACAAAAAGCUGACAUGGUUGUGGCCAAAAAAGUCAUUCCAAAGGCACCAGGUAACAAGGUCACAAAAAAGGUCUCCUCCACCACCACCACCGUAACUAAAACCACCAAGAAAAAGCCCGUGCUCACCGAAGAAGAAAAGAAACAGAAAGCUCUGAACCAGACUGUCUACAAGAUUAUUCCUCCUCUCAGUGACAUUAUCGGCACAGAAGUGUGCUCCCGUUUUCGUACCGUCAAAAAGAUUUGGUCAUACAUUCGUAAACACAAUUUACAAGUACCCACAGACAAGCGAAAGAUUAAUUGUGAUGAGAACCUAAAGAAAUUAACAGGCUUGGAUCAAGUCACGGGUUUCAGUAUCAACAAGUAUACCCAGAAAUGCUUCGUGCCUAUUCCCAAGGAAGAUCAACCAAAAUACAAGCAGAUCUUUAAGGAACAAGAAGAGGCCUUAGACGAGGAUUCUUCAUAAAAUCUAUCACCUACUAGAAAACACCUGGAUAUAGAUGUGUCUAUGUACACACUUUUCUAUUUUUUGCUAUCUAAUAUUAAAGAUAAUAUCGCUGCUCUUUUUUUUUAC